AUGAAUUCCAGUUAUUUAUUUAAAGUACCGUUUACAUGUCCAUCACAGUUCCCUAUCUUCACACGUUCAAUUAUCAGCGUAGUGUUUUUUGGAAGCGAUCAUUAUUCAUUACCUCAUUUACGCGCCUUGGAAGAGCGUCAGUCUCAGCAUAAAGAUAUUCAAUUAUUGUUUGUGGUUACUACCUCGGAUAAAACUCCUGUCGGAUAUCAUUGUAUUCAGAAUAAAAUAGAUCACGUGAUUUGGCCACGCACACUUACGAAUAAUUCAAUAAUCAUCAACGCUGUUAGUCAACGAAUAGAUAAAUUGCAAAAUAUUAAUCCCUUGGAUAAGCCGGAGAAAUUGUUAGGCGUAAUUGUUUCAUUUGGUCGAUUUCUACCCUCAUCACUCUUAUCUUUAUUCAAUUAUGGAUGCUUCAAUAUACAUCCAUCAUUAUUACCAAGAUGGAAAGGUUCUAACCCAUUAUUAUAUACUUUAUUAACUAAUGAUAAAGUUACUGGGAUUACCUUGUUCCGAUUGAAUCCGAUGCACACAACUUUCGACUCUGGGUCUGUUUUGUAUCAGAAAUCCAUUCGUCUACCUUGUAAUAAAAAUACAAUGUUAACACCGGAUCAAUUAGCUACAUAUUUAAUGCCACACAGCAUUAAUGCUAUGUUUGAGGUCAUUUUAUAUCCCAACUUACCAUAUUUAGUCGGUGUUGAUCAAUCGGUGAUUUCAGCGAAAUUUCAACUUCCAAUAACGUAUGCUCGUAAGCCUCAACCCCACAUGGGUUUGAUAAAUUGGCAGGAACAAUCAGCUGAAGAUAUAAUUCGAUAUUGGCAUGCAUUUCAAGGCACUUGUGUAAAUGUAUUUACGGAGCUUUGUUUACUGAACACUGUACAAGAAGAGAAAGAGAAUAACUCUUUAAUUGCAAAUUUUCGUCUAUCCGAAUGUCCAUUGUUGGUACCACACAUUGAUCGUGCUUCUAGCAAUAACAAUCGCCAGAAUAAUGCUGAAGCUGCCGAUAUAUACUGUCCAAAUUAUGAGCCCAAAAUUAUGGACUAUCUCAACGAGGCUUCAGUUCUUCUGCAUCAACCAUAUACAUCAUCAUUACCACCUGGAAGUAUUGUAUAUUUACGUUCACAAAAAGAUGUGAAACAUCAUUUAAUACCAUACACUUUCAUUGCUUGUAGGCCAAAGAAUUCUUCACCUAUAAUAACCCAGAUUAAUUCUGUAUCAUGGUUAGCUGUUAAAAGUUUUUUAGUGAAUUGGCCUAAUUCAUCAACGAACAGUCGACAUUUAACAGCUAUUGAUUUAUAUAAUGGUUAUUUUUUAAAAUAUAUUCAAUUACUAUCAUCGACACUCUCAAUAUCUGUAGUAAAUGAAGGGCAACAUUCUCGACAAUUAGGUGUACGUUAUUUUGGUGAGUUUCGGUCUAACCCUUCGUCUACAUCAUCUUUACUAAGUGGUAAUAAUAACGAUGGUAAUACCUUAAUAAAACCUUGGAAUGAACUAACACCGACUAUUCUACCUUCUGAUUUACAAUCAUCAUUUGAUAUGUCAAUCAUUGUAAAAAAUGUACAUAGUUGA